AUGGUUCGUACCUCUGUUGCGGCCGCUCUUUUGGGCUUUGCCGUCUUGUCUUCAGCUAGCGAAGCUGCCUUGCACAAGAAGUCAGAUGUGCCGGGAACAAUUGAAGUGCCUAUAACCCUAGUUAAUGGCGCUAACAACGAGGGCCCUCAAUAUCUAGUCAAUAUCUCUGUCGGUACACCUCCGCAAGAAGUGACUGUUCAGCUUGACACCGGGUCGUCCGAUCUUUGGAUCUUUUCUUCAGAUAAUAAAUGUAACAACACGUACGGAUGCUUGGGAGGCUCGUUCAACGAGAAUGCUAGCAGUACCUUGGUGAAUGACAUGCCAAAUAAGCUUUUUUAUAGCUACGGUAGUGGCGACAGUGGGACUGGGGACUAUGUCACCGACGAUAUUCAUAUCGGUGGCAAAACGAUAAAGAAUGCUAGAUUUGGAAUUUCGCACACAUCUAAAGGAGAUCAACCCAUAUACGGCCUCAUGGGUCUUGGGUUCCCGGCCGGGGAAUUUAUAACCCAGUUAAACAUCUCAGCAUACGAUACCGUGGUCAUGAAGAUGAGCCAACAGGGUAUCAUCAAUUCAGCUGCAUUUUCUCUAUAUUUGAACGACGAUGAAAGCCAAGGAAACAUCUUGUUUGGAGGAUACGACAAGGCCAAAUACUCUGGGGACCUACAAACGCUUGAUGUCGUCAAAUUUGGUGACUAUGGACAAUGGUAUGUGAAUGCCACCGCCCUCGGCACUUCCACGGUCGCUAGCAAUGGCUCAACUACAACAUCAUGGUACGGAAAUAGCAGCAUUGCCGGAACCGCCUUCAUCGACUGCGGCAGUCCCAAGAUGUUCCUACCCGCUGGUUCUGCGAUGAACGCUAUCAUUGCCGCCGGAGGAGAAUACAACACUGACCUUUCUACUACCUUUAUCCCAUGCUCUGCCCGCAACGAUACCAAAACAACCGUCGACGUCAAACUAGGCGGAAGUGACCCCGACGGGCCUCUGAUCAAAAUACCAUUGAGUAGCCUUGUGGAGCCAUACACGGGAUCUGGUAAUGUGACGCUUAAUGGAGAGAAGGCGUGCUCGUUCGGACUGAGUCUCGGCCCGGAUGGGUUCGAGGUUCUCGGUGAUGCGUUCAUCAAGGGUGCCUAUAUUUUGUUCGACAUGGAUAAACAUACGGUUUCGCUGGCAGAAGCCAAGUUGCUUGUUGAAGAACGUGAUAUUGUUGCUGUAUAA